AUGAGCUCUACUAUAAAUCCUGAGGCUGAAUUCGCAUCCGGUGCAUGGCAAAUUAGUCCUGUUAAGGCAACGGAUCCAGGUUUAGUAUAUGAUAUUAGUGAAGCAGAUUAUAUUGAAUUCUUGUGCGGAGAAGGGUACACGACUAAACAACUAAAAAUUCUUACUCAUCAUAAGAGUGCUUGCAAGGGUAAUGCUAAUAAGAACGCGGUAUACAACUUGAACCUACCUUCAUUCGCACUUAAAGUAAACGAUACAUUUAUCGGUACUUUUAAUAGAACUGUUACAAAUGUGGGAUCAGCAAAUUCUACUUAUAAAGCAAGAGUAAUGUCUUCAUCUUUGUUGGAAAUUCAAGUGAUACCGGAUGUUUUGUCCUUCACAUCUUUAGGGCAAAAAAAUCAUUCUCUCUCACAAUAG